AUGUCUUCAUCAACAAAUCAAAAAUUAAUAAAAAGCAGGAACAAAAGUUUUAUUCGUCCUCAAAAUCAUCAAAUAAGUGAAUAAUUUAAAUAAAGAAGAAAAAGUUGUAAUUGUGAGUCAUGUGGAUAACUUAGCUCUCUAUAAUUCAAGUUUCUGAAUUUAUAAUCAUCUGAUUCCCAUCUUUCAAUCAACAAACCAAAGAAAUAUUAGAGCAUUGAAUCUACAUAUAUGGAUUCUCAAGAUGCCAUCAUUGCAAAUAAUUAAAUUCAUAAACCUUAAGCAAUCGAAGUUAAAUUACAGCGCCAUACAAACCCUAAUACAAGUCUGAUUUAAACUAAUUAGUUCCACUAUCCAAAGAAAUAACGCUCAAAUAGUUGUUGUUGUGACGAAUGUGGAAAUAUUACUAAAUUUCAAUCAUCAGCAAAGUUAAUUUAUAUCUAAUAGAUAAUCAAAAACAGACACACUAAUUUUAGAAUUAAAAGAAACCUUGAUUAAAUGUUCAAAGGAAUCAGUCCAAUCGAAAAAAAAUAAGAAUAAGAACCUGAAGAUGAUGAAAAUUAUUCACCCUAUACAAAUCAAAUCACCUCAUUUAGAAGAUCAAAUCUAAUAUUGAAUCAACGUACAAAACUACUCUCAAAAGGUUAUUAAGGCAGUUCCAGAAAGGUAUUCCUUAAAGAUGCUUGCAAAACAACAUUCUUUACUAAAACCAAUUCAAAUACUAGGGAUCUUACAAUAAAACCUGAAACCUAUACUCCAAACGUUACAAAAAAAAAACUAAACCUGCCAAUUGUGAAAUCCUCUAACAGCAAAUCAACAUAAGUAGCCAAUGAAGUUCAACUUUUUAAAUUUACUCCUAAAUUAAAUAGUAUUAAUCUAAUAUCUUGA